AUGCCCUUUCGGGCUGAUGCCGUCGAAAACAACAGAGAUGGCAGCUUUUACUGGCAGGACAUGGAAGGACCUGGUGGCCCCGGCGACAUGCCAAGCGACUUCUUUGGCCAGUUUGUCGACUUUGACGGCGAGGCGGCGGCUGCUGCCGAUGGCUUUCACGGCGUCGCCACCUCCAUAGCGGGACCACCCGACGCCCUCUUCCUCAUGGACGACCAGCAGCACCGCGUCUCGGAGAGCACCGCAUCUUCGGGCGUGUCGACGUCGGACGAGUUUGACUUUCUCCCCAACAGCUCCCAGAUCGGACCUCCGGCCUCGGCCGCCGGCCACGAGAUCGAUCCGAGGGAGCUAGCCCUCGGCCGCGAGCCUCACGCCCUCUCGCAGCAGCUCGAGUAUCCCGGCCGCGCCUCUGUGUCCGAGACGGACCUGUCGCGCCUCGAGGGCAUCUCCAUCCACUCGCCCCAGAAAAACGGCACCUCGACCUCUGACCCGUCCUCGCCGACGCCGCCCUGCACGGCCGCCCGCAGCAAGUCCAACAAGUUUGUCGAGGCGCUGUCGUCGACCAUUCGCAAGGCCACUACCAUGCGCAAGUCGAGGAAGCCGCUUCCGGAGCAGAGGGCCGGCUCGCCGACGCUGGACGAGCAGCAGCCGCGGGCGCUCAAGCCCCCGAAGCAACGACGGGGCCGGCCUCGCAUCGUCACGCAUGGCAACGUGCCCCAGUCGCCCCCCGUCCAGCAGCAGCAGCAAGAUGCGGCCGGCCACCCUCAUUUCAUCCACAGCUUCUGCGAUGACCCCUUCAACGAGGGCCAGCUUCAUCCCCCGCCUCCCCUGAGCGCGUCCUCGGUGCCGUACUAUGGCCAGGCCGGCAUCGACACCCCCAUCGAGUCCCCCGGCGUCAAGAGCGAGCCGGGACAGUUCCCAUCUGGCAUCUCCAGCGCCGCGGGGCUCUCCCCGUGGCAGCAUCAGCAACAACAGCAACAACAGCAAGCACAGCAUCCGCAUCCGCAUCCGCACCCGCACCCGCAUCAGCACCAGCAGCAACCGCCGGAGCAAGAACAGGCCCUGCUAGCCGCACGGUGGGCCAGCGCUGGUGGCGAGUACGUCACCAGCCAGGAGCAGAGCUGGUGGGAUCUCGGCAUGUUUCCCCAGGGUAGCGGCGGAGGAGGAGGAGGAGGCGGCGGCGGCGGCGAGUUUGCCAACCACCACCGCAGCGUCAACCUGGCCAGCCACGCGCAGCACUCGGGAUUGCCGUACGAAUACGCGCCCAUGCCCGACACCAGCGCGGCGGGGCUUAUGAUCCAUAUGCCACAGCCCCGACCGUCGCAGCCGACCGUCGUCAACGACCUGACUGUCAACGCGCAGACCUAUCUCCCGCCGCCGCCGCCACCGCCGGCGGCCCCACCCAAGGGGUCGACGUCGGAGCGGCCGCAUCGCCCGCCGAGAGCCAAGUCGUCGGGCGCGCGGCACAUGUCGUGUUCGCCCGUGCGCAAGCAGCGCGGACCCUCGGCGUCGCCCAACCCGGGGCAGCAGCCGGCGCAGCCCCGGUCGCGCCACAGCUCGGGCGCCUCCGUCUCCGUCCGCAAGCGACGGUCGCGCGACGUCAGCUCCGGCGGCGGGUCCCUGAGCGGCGAGAGCGGCGGCGGCGGCGGCGGUCUGGGUGGCGGUCUGGGCGGCGGCUUCGUCAACUUUACGCCCAACGACGGCUCCUUGCUCAUGACGGGCGUGGCGCCGAGCGGCAGCUCCAAGACCAAGGCCCGGCGCGAAAAGGAAGCGCAGGAGAGGCGCAGGCGGCUCAGCGAGGCAGCGCUCAAGGCCGUGGCCGCGGCCGGCGGAGACGUGGACAAGCUGCUCGAGCAGGGGUUCGCCUUUUAG